GUGUGAAUAAUAUGGAUGUUAAUGAGUGGGGGUUCUUCAAAUUAAAGGAGAAAGUAAUAGAAUUGGGAUAUGAGAAUUUAGAUGGUGUGAAGCUAUUAUUUAAUGGGUCAGAUGGAUUGAUAGAAUUACAAUCAGAUGUGGAAACAUUCAGUUUAGUGAAUGAGAUUGAGAUGUAUAAUGCAAUAGAGGUUUGGGUUGUUCUUGGUGAUUGGCAGAAUGAGGAGUCAAAAGAAGAUAAUGGGUGUGAAUAGGCAUCUGAUGAGGAUUCCGAUGAGGUAUAUUCCACUGAUAGUAAUGAUGCAGUGCUAGAUGAUAUUGAAUUUGAGAGGAAUGUAGAUCUAGGAGUAGAGUUUGCUGGCAUAGAAGAAAGUGAUCGGCAAGCCAAAUGUGUUAAAGCGAAGCAGAAUGUGAAUGUGGAAAUUAACUUCUCUGAUGAGGGAAGUGCAGUAGAAAGUGAUGAUGAGGGUAAUGAGCUAAAGUUGCCAGAGUUUAGGGCUAAAACAGAUAUGAAAUCACAAAAAUUUUGUCUUGUUGGUUUGACAUUUGGUUCAAAAGAAGAGUUUAGACAAGCUAUGGAUUUGGCAAUAGAAAGGAAUUACUGUUUGUAAAAAAAUGACAAAGUUAGAUGCGUUGUUGUUUGUGUAAGCAUAAUGACUGUCCUUGGAAAGUUACCCUUAGGAAAGAACAAGAAGCUUUAUCUUGGAGGAUCACUGCUAUAAAUGAUCACCAUGAUGGGUGUUGUUGGGCUCGCAACAAUUACAUGGUUAACUCAAGUAGAAUUGCUAAAAGAUGGAAGAAUGAAAUUGCAGGACAUAGUGGAUGGAAAACCAGGGAGUUUCUAGAGAAAGUGUCUACCAAGGAAGGUUUUCUCUUUCUAUGAGGCAAGCAUAUAGGGAAAUUAAGAAAGCAAGGGCUGUCAUUGAUGGGGAGGAGCAUGAAAACUUUAAUAAAUUAUGGAGUUAUUUCUUAGAGAUUCAAAGGACUAAUCUAGGGAGUAGAUGUCAUGUAAAUUUAAGUGAUUUGUUAUAUGAAGGAAGGCAAAGAUUUGUGAGAUUUUAUAUGUGUUGAAAGCAUGCAAACAAGGAUUUAAAUUUUGUAGGCCUAUCAUUGGAAUGGAUGGCUGCCACUUGAAGGGAAUAUAUGGGAGUCAGUUGUUGUUAGCAAUUGGGGUUGAUGGUUAUGACUCAGUGUUCCUUCUAGCUUAUGCUAUAGUUGAAGGUGAGACAAAGGAUUCUUGGAGCAGGUUUUUAAACUUUUUAAAAAGGGAUCUCUGUAUCACUCCAGCUGGUGAGUUGCAUCUCACAUUUAUCUCAGAUAAGCAAAAGGGCUUAAUCCCUGCAUUUGAGGAUGUUAUUCCUGGAGCUACUCAUAGAUUCUGUGUAAGACAUUUACAUGGAAAUAUGAAGCAAGCUGGAUUUACUGGAAAAGCUAUCAAGGAUGCUUUAUGGGAUGCUGCAAGGUCUACCAGUGUCAACACUUUCACUGCUGCCAUGAAAAAACUGCAUGAUAUUGAUGCUAAGGCAUAUGAGUGGCUUUGUGACAAACAACCAUCAGAGUGAUCUAGGUCUCAUUUCACCACUUUUGUUCAUUGUGAUAUUUUAGUUAACAACAUUUGUGAGUCAUAUAAUGCUGUAAUUUUAGAUGCUAGACAGCAGCCACUAAUUACUUGUCUUGAGACUUUGAGAAAAUUGAUAAUGUCUAGGUUGUUUGAGUGUAGGAAAUAAG